ACGUGAUCAAACACACCAGGGGCCCGUUUCAAGACGGGGGUUUAACAAACUCAGCGUUUCAACGAAACCUCCGUCUUGAAACGGCCUCAGGCGCCUUUGGUAGAAUUGUUCCCGAUAUUUCUCAUAUUUGGUCUUUAAUCCUGCUCCAAACCACCGGUUCUUUUAUUUUGAAACAGGAAGACCUCAUUUGCGUUUUUUGUAGCGCAGCAUGGACGCACGUGGAAAUCAAAGCGAGCGACACUGGACUUAAUUCUCAUAACAUCAGCUGAGACAAGAAGCAGCGGAGCAGAAUGGCAGCAGCAACGAAGAUGAGGCGGCUGAGCAGCAGCAGCAGCAGCGAGGCUGAGGACUCUGAUGUGGAGAGGAACUUUGCUCUGCUCACAGAGAAACAAAGGCGAGGAAGGACAGAAGACGCAGGUCAGCACCACGAAGAGGAGGAGGAGGAGCGGGCUGAUGGAGCUGAAGAGGAUGGGUCAGAUGCUGGCGAUGAAGAGGAGGAUGAGGACACAUCAGGAGGUUAUGAUGAGGAAAAAGAGCAUGAGUUGGAUGAAGAAGAGGGUGUCGAUAGCGACGCCUCUGAGGAGGACGACGGUGAGGAUGAAGGCCUGGAGACACCGGACAGCUUUAGGAGAGAGUUGGCCAACAUGUCCUUCGAGGACAUCAUGAAGCUGCAGAGCAAAGUGGGAACCAGAGCUUACAACAAGGUCGCCUACGGCAGCAGCCGGAAGCAGCAGCGCGGCAGCGGGGCGCGGCUGAACAAGAACAGGCCCACAGAGAUCUCAGCCAAGAGGCCGGCGCCGUUCCUCCGCCAGGUCGUCCCCGUUAAGAAGCCUACACUGAGAGAUCCUCGGUUUGAUGACCUGUCUGGAGAAUACAGGCCCGAGGUUUUUGACCAGACGUAUAAAUUCAUUCACGACAUCAAGCUCCGAGAGAAAGAGGUGGUCAAGAAGCAGCUGAAGAAGGCGAAGAGCAGCCAGAAGAAGGAGAAGCUGCAGUUCCUGCUGAAGAGGAUGGAGAACCAGGAGCGAGCGAGGCUGAGCCGAGAGCAGCAGCGAGAGAGGGAGCUGCAGUUCAAGCAGCAGCAGAGGGAGCAAGCGGGUCACGGAGCCCGACCCUUCUUCCUUAAGAGAUCGGAGAAAAAGAAGCUGCAGCUGGCUGAAAAGUACCAGGCGCUGAAGAGGAGCGGCAAACUGGAGACCUUCCUGAGCAAGAAGAGGAAGAGGAACGCUGGGAAGGACCGCAGGAAACUGCCGAGGCAGCAGCAGGACACCAAGGCGGCGUGAGGCGUUCACUGACCAGACAUGAAGAACGGCCUGCUGCUGCAGCCCGGUGUCGCGUCAAGGUUUCAUCCCCUCACAGCGAAAGCAUCACUAAAGUUAGUUCAUUGUCUUCUUCAGCAGAAUCUGUGACGGUCGUUUUGAUGCAGGGUCCAAAGGUGACCUCACUGGCUGUGGUGCAUUCAGGGAUGCACUGCCAUCUAACUGUUGAUGGGGAACAGACUCUUCAUACUAAUAUUAUAUUUUCAAAAUAAAGUUACACUUGUGUUUGUGUCUUUGGAGUUUUAAUGUUGAACCGACACCAGCAGAGAGUUUCAGGAUCUGCGCCGAGUCGCAGCCACAACAGAUUACAGUUUUUAUUGGUCACUUUGAACUGUUUUGCAUAACUAGGUUCCACUUAUUUUGAUCAUCACUAUUCCAGCAGAGCAUCAGACACAUGUGUAAAUGUGUAAACCGGUUCUCAUUUAAUUGACACAUUUUCUCCUCCCUUUUGUAAAACAGCGAACACUGACUCAUUGAAACCGUCCAAAUUCCAUUGUUUUAGCUUUGGUGACCAAUCUGUUCCUAACUAUUAGUAACCAGUAAGACCAGUAUAAACUCACCAUAGCACCUGUUUGACACCUUGAAAUAGAACCAGGUCUGAGUAACUGUGGCCGUGUCUCAUCCUCCGAUAGGUUUGACUGUAGUUUAGUUUACAUGUAUUUCCUGUAAUAUUUUGUUUUCUGCCUUGGUUUGAAAAAUAAAUUUCAUGGAUUCAAUAAAUCAAAGCAUUUCUUCA